GAGUCUUUGAGGAGGUGGGCCAUCGAUCUUUCAAUAUCAAUGCCAAUAUAAUCAAAGACCUUACUGCCUAUAAAUACAAGCUCCAAGGAACUUCAACCUGCAAAAUUACAAGUACUGCAACUUAAUUUCAUUCCCAGUUCUGUCAACCAAAAAUAACUUAGGUUGAUCAGAUCAGCUAACCCUUUUCUCACUUCAAUUCAGGAUCAGAUAUGGGUAUCCGUUUACCUUCCGUGAUUCUUCAUGCCAAGCAAGUUCUCAAACUGCAGUCAAGGAACCAGACAUAUGUGCCAAAAGGCCACAUUGCUGUUUAUGUUGGAGAAAUCCAGAAGACAAGGUUUGUCGUUCCGAUUUCAUACUUGAAGCACCCUUCUUUUCUAGAUUUGCUCAACCGGGCUGAGGAAGAGUUUGGCUUUAAUCAUCCAAUGGGUGGUCUUACAAUUCCAUGCGACGAAGAUGCCUUUAUUGAUCUCACUUCUCGGUUGCAUGCCUGCUGAAAGAUGAACCAAAUGUGCUUUAGCCAGAAUUCAGAAGUUUUGUUAAUUAAAUUCUUUCAUUCCCAUGUAGAAUAUGAGAAAUGUAAAUGUUGAUAAACUUUUGACAAAUGACAUGAAAGUGAGUGACGAGAUAGAUUGUACAUAUGCUCUCUCCCACCAAGAUUUUGUCAAAUGAUAACGUAAUCCUUUGUUUUUGAACCCUUUGUGACUCUCUUCAGUUAAUCAAGAUGCCUCCGUUUAUUAGAAUUCUGAUUGAUAGUUACCUGAAAGGCUGAAAAUUAACAUCUGAGGGGCUUCCAGAAGACACUAAAACCUGGAGGAAUUAAUAGAAAAGAACCUUAAAAAAAGAUCCUAGAAAACCUUCAACAAUCACUUUGAUAAGCACUAGUAAUUUAUGGCAUAUUUUGACAAAUUGCAA